AUUAAAGAUUUAGGAGAACUCAAGUAUUUUCUUGGGUUUGAAGUGGCUAGAUCGAAGAAAGUGAUACACUUGUGCCAAAGGAAAUAUGCCUUGGAUAUCCUAGAAGAAACAGGAAUGCUAGGGAGUAAACCUAGUUCUACACCCUAUUUGAGCAAUACUAGCAGUCUAUACAAAACAGAGGAUUAUAUGGAGAAUCCUAGUGAUUAUAGGAGAUUAAUAGGAAAAUUAUUCUAUCUUACUAACACUAGGCCUGAUUUAUGCUUUAUUGUCAAUCUUUUAAGUCAGUUCAUGCAGGAACCAACUAAGCACCACUAUCAAGCCUUACAACAUGUACUUAGGUAUGUCAAAUCAAGUCCAGCUGAAGGACUUUUCUUUGCUGCUGAUUCUAAUCCUCAGAUAAAGGGUUUCAGUGAUUCAGAUUGGGCCACAUGUCCUAAUACAAGAAGGUCUACUAUUGGAUACUGUAUUUUCUUAGGCAACUCUCUUAUCUCAUGGAGGUCAAAGAAACAGAGUACGGUGUCAAGGUCUUCCACGGAGGCUGAAUACAGAGCUCUUGCAGCUACAAUGUGUGAGAUGCAGUGGUUGCACUAUCUUCUUCAAGAUUUACACAUUGAGCCAACAGCUAUUGCUGUCCUUUAUUGUGAUAACAACUCAACAAGGCAUAUUGCCCACAAUCAAAGCUAUCAUGAACGAACCAAGCACAUAGAGUUGGAUUGUCACGUUGUUCGUGAGAAAAUACAAGCCAAGCUCCUACAUUUGCUUCCCAUUCGAUUAGAAGGGCAACUCGCAGAUAUAUUUACUAAGUUUCCUCAUCGGACUAGGUUCAAAUAUAUUAUUCCCAAGCUUGGAAUGAUGAAUAUCCACCAUCGAGCUUGA